AUGAGAUUAUACAUAUACUUAUUAGUCUUGUUUCAAAUUGAAAUUGGACUCGCGAUCCGAUGUUACUCAUGUGUGGGGAAGACCGGCAGCAAGAAAUAUGCUGAUGAUCCAUGUUUGAACCCGGCGAAGAAUCUUGGCGAUGGAAAUGUAAAAGAAAUUGAGUGUUUGAAUACGAAACUAUGUUGGAAAGCGAUAACAGCUGGCCAGUUGAAACGUGGUUGUGGAGAAAAACGAUGUGCUUUCAUUCCGGAUAUCAAUAUGGGUUCGGUGAUUAGUCAAACAUGUUGUUCGAAUGAUCUAUGUAAUCGAACAUCAGUUAUUUCGGCGUCCCAAUGGGUUGUUUCGUCUUUGUUCAUUGCAUGUUUUACUCUUCGAUUAACUUUUUAA